UAAGAAGGCCACAAGAGCCAGUUCCCUGUUUGCCUGCUAUGUCAUUAUCCAGGGAGGCUGGAGGGAGUCUGAAAUUUUCCAGGCCCUGGGAGAAGCCACGUGAUCACCAGUUUACUUUGUCAGAUUGCAGCAGGACAAACCAAGCCCAACUUAAGUUUGAGCAAUGGCUAAUGAAGCCCAGCCUUGCCCAUGUGACAUUGGGCAUAAGAUGGAGUAUGGAGGUAUGGGGAGCGAAGUGCCAGUUGAGCACAUCCAGGCUUAUCUCUGCAAGCCACCAUCCAGCACAGAUAAAGCCGUGAUUGUCGUUCAAGAUAUAUUUGGCUGGCAGAUGCCAAAUACCCGAUACAUAGCAGACAUGAUUGCCGCCAAUGGAUAUACAGUCAUCUGCCCAGACUUCUUUGUAGGAAAAGAGCCUUGGCAACCAAAUGACGAUUGGUCCACUUUCCAGGACUGGCUGAAGACCCGAAAUGCCAGAAACGUUGACAAAGAAGCAGAUGCUGUAUUGAAGUAUCUGAAGAAGCACUGCAAUGCCAAGAAGAUUGGGAUUGUUGGGUUCUGCUGGGGAGGAGUUGUUGUGCAUCAUCUGAUGGUGAAAUAUCCAGACUUCAAGGCCGGGGUGUCAGUGUACGGCAUCAUCAAAGACACCGAAGAUGUGUAUGCUUUGAACAAUCCUACACUUUUCAUUUUUGGAGAAAAAGAUACUGUAAUUCCUCUUGAGCAAAUUAAUGUGCUGGAAAAGAAGCUGAAAGAACAUUGUAAAGUUGAUUAUCAAAUUAAAAUCUUCCCUGGACAAACUCAUGGAUUUGUGCAUCGGAAGAGAGAAGAUUGCAAACCUGAAGACAGGUCGUGUAUCGAAGAAUCGAGGAAGAAUCUAAUAGAUUGGCUGAACAAGUACAUCUAAUAAAUGGAAAAGAGAAAAUUUUGCAAACAAUUGUCUCCCUAUUCCUUAAGAAUUCCUUUUCUUUUCAGUAUGUAUCAAAGUCAAAUUUUCAUCUUUCAUCUCUUUGCAUAGGAAUAAAGUCAGUCCUAACAUUUGAUUUUUUUCUGGACUAAAUAAGAAAUUUAAAUAUCUAAUGAAGUUGAAUGCAAAAAAUCACUGUCUACGGCAAGGCUUACAUAUCCGCUUCCAUUUAGCUAAACGCUUUUAAGAUCCUAAAGGUGAUAAGCUAUAAAAUAAAUAACCUUCGAAAUGGAGAGCACA